AUGGCGGCCUCUCGAGUGCCGCAUUGCUUGAAAUGGACUUUUCAGACUUUUAGGAUUUUGUCUACUAGUUAUUCGCCAUUCAACAGAAUAAGGACUCCAUAUUUAAACAAAAGCAUUUUGAGGACAAUAAUCUCUGCGCAAAAACGACUGUAUUGUGCUAAUGCGGGAUCAGACGAUGCAGAAACAAAUGGCGUACAAGGCUCAUCUCCGAGGAACCUAUUGGAAGUGUAUCAGAACGAUCCUUCUUUGCUCCAUGGACCUAGGGACGCUUUAAAACCUCUAACAGAGGAAUACGUCGAAAAAGAGUUACAGAAAUCCAGAGGGGUGCGUUUUAGACGCCCUGUAAAGAUUAACCCUGAUAAAGUUGGAUGGACUACUGGCUCUAAGAGAGUGGGAACUAUUGGUAUUAAGCUAGGCAUGUCAGCGCUCUGGCUUAAGGAUGGAAGGAGAAUGCCAGUAACUUUACUUCAGGUAUAACAUAUAAAAGCAUCUUAGGAACUAUUGAUAAUUGAGGUCUUUGUGAAUCCCAGACUUGCCAACUCGCAAAAGGCAAGAAUUUUAAGAUUCUAGAGCUGGGAAAAGUAGCGAGUAAUGAAAAAAAUAGGGAGAUGUCCCAAAUUUUCUAGUGGAAGGACUUUCAGUAGGGAUAAUGGGUAUUUCAAGCACCUACAAUGGAACUUCAAUAUAACGAACCUCUAUAUAACAAAGUCCUGGGUAUAACAAAUGAUUUUCUUUACCCCAGCAAUAGUAAAAUAUGAGAAAAAGAAUCUCCUUAUAACAAAACAUCGUCAUAGCAAGCAAAUUUCACCAGUCCCUUGCCCUUCGUUAUAGCGAGGUUCCACUGUAUAAGGAACAUGUUUACACAUGCUUGUUGGCAGUCGUCUUGAAAUGAGAUAGUAAGGUUUAUUUUAACAAUGAGUCUGCGCAUUUGGUGGCAAUGACAAGUACCUUCAAGUCAUGGGAGGAUGAAGAAUAUAAAGAAUGCAUCAAGUUGCAGUGUUCAAUCUAGGCCGUGUUUUUGCGUCAUUGACGUGAAAUAUUCUAUUCAGAUGCAAAAUGAAAUUAUCGUGGAAUCAUACUGACAUACAAAAGUUACCUCAUAAAUUAGUUCUUGCAAAGCAGCAGGUAAUAAUAGAAGUAAAUUUUAAAAAUAGGUGUGCUUACUAGCCUAAAAUGAGGCUGUGUGCGAAAUGACUGUCAUUUCAGACUAUAUGCUUACGAGUAGUUUUUGUGUUAGGCGUCGUUCCAGGUAAUUCCAGGAGAGACUAGAGUAUACAUUUCAACUUUCCACACACAUUACUUUGCCGAUUGAUUCACGCUUCAUUUGUUGACGUUGUUCUUUUGUUUUCGUUUCAUUAUGAAAUGACAACAAAAGCUAAGUUCAUUUUUUAAGCCAAAGAGAAUGGCAGUUGAACCCGAAAAGCAUGAAGAUGGGCUGGAUAAGGAUGGUGGGGAAGCUGGAGAAGUUAGUUCAGUGAUAUGUCAGCAAUUGUUCAAAGUUUUAAUAUUAUAGUUUGACCCAGACCAUUUUUGAAAUGACCCAAUUUAAAAUACAUUGUGGGACACAUGACCCACUUUGACUAAUUUCUAGAUUGAAUGCUGAAGUUGGCAAUUCAAAUGUUUGCUAAUCAAAUGUAACCACCAAGUGUUUUCUACGGAUCCUAGGGGGGAAUACCCCUGGGAAUUCUUGGUGGGGGUGUGCCGCCCAUUUGUCCAAACUCUGACCCUAUUUCAGACCAAAAAAUGUCAUUGUCCACACCCGUUUUUAGACCUGUUGUUCAAUAACUACCAGGCGGGCAGUUAUUUCUUCCCCUCUCUGAUUCUCUUAAAAUAUCAGUAUCUAGGGCCCAUUUCUUAAAUGUCCUAGGAACUCUUCAUGCCUGAGAGCUCAAGACUGAGGUUUCAAUAGUUUUGCAGAUGACAUGCUAAAACUAAUUUCUCAGUUAGCCAAACAUAAUGGACUAUUUUCUGAGCUUGGGCCAGCACUUUUAGUCUUAAGAUUUUGAUCUUAUAUUAGGCUUAUCAGUUUUCAGGACUUUGGAAAACCAUAUCCGUCUAAAGAGUUUACAUGUUCAUGAAAGUAAUCUUGAGUACUAGUGCUUCCUUCCCAAAAUUCCAUGCUGUUUAUAUGUAACAGGUAUUAGAUCUCACAGGACUAGUAGCAUUAAGAUGAAUCCACCAGGAAAUUGAGUAAUUUUAAUAUCAGUGGACAAAAACUUUGUACCAGAAUAAUUUGUAGAAUAUUGCAUUCUGUUUUACAUUUUUCAAGGACUAAAGAUGUAAUUUAUCAUCUGUAAUAAUACCAAAGAAAAUGUCUCAUGGGGGUAGAAAAUAAAUGUCAAAUUUCACAAGAAUUUUGAAAACACAGGUAAAAUUCUAAAAAUUUCAUGAACUGUAAGAUGUCAUUUUGUAAAAUUUGACAUUUAUUUUCUCUGGCUCCCAUAAGAAAUUUAGUUUGGUGUUAUUACAGAUGACUUUAUAUUACAUCUUUAGCAAUUGAAAAAUGUAAAAACGAAUGUGAUAUGCUUUAAAUUAUACCAGUACAAGGUUUUUGUCUCCUGAAAAUUAAUAUUACUCAAUUUCCUGAUGGAUUCCGUCUUAAUACAUUUUUCUUGGGAAAAUAUUUGCAUAAAUGAAGAUGAAAGACUGUCAAGUUGUUCAAGCCAGGAUAAGCAGGGAACAUGGGGGUAAUGACCACAAAACAGAGCUGCAAGUUGGAUCUUUGGAUGAAACUCAACUGUACAAGGUGAUAAAAACUGUGUUGCUUCAUAAUAUUAAAUAUGUUUUAGCUAUCACUGGUAGUUUCUUGUUAAAAGUACUAUGAUUCUUAGUUAUUGCCAAAAUGUCAAGUACAUGUUUAGCCUGAUAUUAAGGGUAUAUCUAUAUUUUUAACAUACAGUAAACCUUCUUUGAUAUAUGCAUUGUUAUAGGGUACAGAAAUUGCACCAAGUGGUCCUGUAGUAUAACUGUGCAUUGGUUAACGUGUCCAUGUUAAGGUCAGGAGAACUUACACUAUAUUCAAUGCUGAUGUUACAUUUGAGUUUCAUUUUAUUUUAUAAUUUGCAGGUAAAGAAGGCUCAGUUUGGUCACUUUAAAAAGUAUGGAGUUAAUCCAAAGAAAAAGAUGAAGAGUUUCCUUGUAACUAGAAAUGCACUUCUUCACCCAGGUAAGAAAGCUAUAGACACGAUUGACAAAAAAAAAAAGUUAGAAUGUUUCAGAUGAGACGACUGCAACAUCUGUCUUCUUUACGUUAUUUAUCAAUAAAUUGCAGUAGGCUUGGUAACAGCAGUGAUGGUGCCACUAGCAAGGCCUUCUUAGGAGGGGGCAAGGGAGUAUGCGUAACCUAGUCUGAAUUUCAAAACCUGUCAUCUUGCAUCUUGAGGAAGAAGUCAUGUCCCUGUCAAUAUUUUUCUAUUUUAUCUGUCCUCAUCACUAUUCUAGUUUCAGCCGGCCUUUAAUUUAGUUGUCGCCAUUUCAUCUGUCUCAUGUCACUGUUUGAAGGCCAUGUCGCUUGUCAGAAUUUUCUGUAACAGGGGCUCACAGGAAGUCACUAUAAGCCCUUUAAUGGGUUUUAUUACUGUAACUGACAAGUUUAACUCAUGUAUGUGUGUUGUUAUGUCUGAUGUGGGAAAUGAAAACAGACAUGGGCACAGACCAGAUCACUGGUGAGUUUAAAUGGCAGUGGGGGUUCCCUUAAGUCCACCUCUCAUUUUAAUUGUUUUCUUUUCUCUAAUUUGUUAAUUGUCAUUAUUUAAUUUUGUUUUUCCGCUAGGAACUCCUCUUUAUGCUGCUCACUACUAUCCAGGACAAUUUGUUAAAAUACAAGGCAUCACGUAUGAUACCCCCAAAGUUGUUUUAUUUUAAAAGAUAAUAAUCAUAGUAGCCUUCUUGCAGUUGUUGUUCUAGGAGUUUUUACUACAGAGUCAUCACGAGAUUAAUCAUUUGAUCUGUAAAGCAGUUCCCAUUUUGUUCUCAAUUUUUACCUCAUUUUGUUUUAGUUCUUUAAAUCUCAUCAUCUUAUGAUAUCUUCCAUAUUAGUUGUACUGUUAUAUAUGCGGAAUUAGGGGUGGGUCCAGGGGGCCCUGGCCCCCCCGUUUGUGCAGGAAUUUUUUUUUUUGUAAACGUGUGUUGGAUGGUACUUCGAGCUUUGUUACUUAAGUAUAUCUUCUUUAAUAAACAUUGUUAAUAAGAAAAUAUAUCAAACAUUUUCUUUGCCAGGAGGUUGUGCUCUCGCCACUAUUGCUUCGGCCCCUGCUAGCAUAAAUUAUUUCUUUGACCACAACCACACCUGUGGUUUAUUAAAUAUUUCAGCAUUACAUGUUCAAUAUGGAAAUAUCCAGGCAUUUGCUAAAUUUAAGCGUCCAGAAUGCACCAGAUUGCAUCUCAGAGAACUUCAAUCUCAAAAAUUUUCCCAUGCACUCAAAACUCCCCAGAAAAGUGCGCCAUUUGCAGUCCUGAUGGGCACUAUCACGCCCAUAUUGCCACUGUAUACUAUAUCUCUAGGCCCACUCUAGCACAAAAUCCUCUGUCCACCCCUGAUAGGAACAAUUUUACGUACUCAAAAGGUUGGGCAGUCUGAGUAUAUAUCAGGCCAUAAGGAAUCCCUUAUUCUUAAACUCUUCCCCACAUUAUCACACAGAAAAGACCGAGGUUUUCAAGGUGUUAUGAAGAGAUGGAAGAUGAAAGGUCAACCUGCAUCACAUGGUCAAACAAAGACACAUAGAAAAAUGGGAGCUACUGGAGGUGGAACGGUAUGUACCACAUUACUGAAAUUAUCCAUAAAAUAAUGCUAGGGGAGAUGGUUAGUUAGGUAUUCGAAAGGACGUUUUGUAGCUACUUUUGUGAUGAGGUGAUAAAAUGUUGCAACACAUCAUAUACUCCAGGAGUAGAAUUGUACAGGGAAGCCACUGGCGGAGAAGGUAAGUACCCCCAUGGUUAACUUUAAAACUGUUUCAAGGUAAUGGCACAGGAAAAUAGAAGCUUACGGCUGUCACUAAAAUUUCAACUUGCCCAGCUGAUAUAUGCAAUUUAUUAACUAGUAGGCAAGGAAUUAAAUGUUCAGGAAGUUCUUUUGGUUUUAUUUUUCUUUUGUUUUCUAUAGAAAUACCUGGGGGUAAUGUUCAUAGUAGCAAGGGGAUAUCCCCGUCCCCAUCUCAGCAUGUAUCCUAGGGGUACAAAAUACACUCCUCUGCAACAGGGUAAUAAUGGUAUCAGGUAUUUCAUCACAGCAUGAGUAGAAGAAAUUAAUGUUUGUUCUGUUUUAAGUUAUAAUGGAUCCCGACAAUUAGUGGCUCCUUUGGCCAACUAAGUCCUAUUGCAACAGUCUUUAACAAAAAUGGUUGCCAAAAAUUAUACAAUAAUUGUAUAAUUUUUAUUGUUUGGCAAAAUUUGCUGAAUUGCCAUUGGACUACUGCGGUUAUGUCUGUUCAUCUAUGUAACUAAUGUCAGUCAAACCUAAUAUAUUACAUAGCCAACCUUCAUAUAGCAGCCAGUUAGCAGAGUGUGUCCCUGUUAACAAUGUAAACAGCACUUUUUUUGACAAGCCGCUUAUGCUUUCCUUGAGGAUGGCAACUCAACUGAUGAUCAAAUGCAAUGUCUUUUUCCAGGAUCCAGGAAGAAUUUGGCCGGGAAAAAGGAUGGCUGGUCACAUGGGAAACAAGAAUUGCACAAAAUUUGCUGUUAGGGUAAGUGUGAGUAUUUUCACAGAUAGCAUACUAGUGUAAACCCAGUUAAGACCAAAAGGUGCGUUCAAACGUGUGUUACAAUAUUAAUUUGAAUACAUUAUGUUCAUCAGUUGUAAGGAGAAGGAAAACCGUUCAACAAAAAUCGGGUGCUUACAGGGGAAAAGAUACCUGUACUGCAUUAUUUAAGUUAUGGCAUGUCAUAUUAGUAAAUUUUGGAUUUUGAAAUAAGGUUUUGACAACAAAGCUCAACACUUUAAAGGUAAAAGUGACGGAAGUUAAAUUUCUUUCAUUUGUAAUAUUUUCAUUACUAUGCUUUUGACGCAACAUUUUGAUACUUUUUUUCCCUUGUCUUGUUUCGUCACUUAAUGAGCAUCAUUAAUUUUCGCCUUUUAGAUUCUACGCAUCAACACUAAGUACAAUGUCUUGUACAUAAAGGGAGAAUGUCCAGGGGAGAAAGGAGGCUUUAUAGUGAUCAGUGAUGCUUGGAAGAAGCAUGAUCGACCCCCACCCUUCCCUACUUACUUUCCAGAUCCUGAGAACCCCCUCCCCGAGGAUUUGUACGCGGAUGAUGUGCAACAUUUUGACCAGACGAUUUAUUUCAGCAAAGACAAGAAGAGUGGAAGGGCAUAGGGAGUCUUCUAAGUGUUGUUUAGAACGAAAAAAGAUUGUGUUCAUAAAUUUGGCGAGGGAGUUGAGAGGUGAUUACGUAUUCAAUCAUUUACUGUAAUCGUUUGUGCAACGCCAAGGAAAUGAUGUGAAAAAUGAAAUAAAAUACAUUGUAUUAAAGGCUGC